GAGCGCGCGCGCGAGAGAGGCAGCAGCGGCAGCGCGAGCGCUGUGUGCUAUUGUUCAUGCCCUGUGCGGGGAACAAAGGGCCGGCCGGCGCUCUGUCUUCGGCUUUGCUUCGCAUUUGUAUUUUUACAUUGUAAAGGAAACCAUAAAUUCAGUCACUAAAGCUGCAUAUAAUCGUGCAGGCCGCCAUGGGCUUUUAAAAGCGUAAAGUUGCGCCCCAGGAGCUGAGAUCGGAGCGCGAGACGCACAGGAGUGCAUUCUUCUCUCUGCACAGGCUGUUCGUCCAAGUCGUUCAAGCUGUACUCCCCAAAGGAGCCUCCCAACGGUAGUGCCUUCCCCCCGUUUCACCCGGGCACUAUGCUGGACAGAGAUGUGGGCCCGACACCAAUGUACACUCCUUCGUACAUGGAACCUGGAAUAGGGAGGCAUACACCAUAUGGAAACCAAACAGACUAUAGGAUAUUUGAACUCAAUAAACGACUGCAGAACUGGACAGAGCAGGAUUGUGACAAUCUGUGGUGGGAUGCCUUCACUACAGAAUUUUUUGAAGAUGAUGCCAUGUUAACAAUCACGUUCUGUUUGGAAGAUGGUCCUAAACGAUACACCAUCGGCCGGACGUUGAUUCCUCGCUACUUUAGAAGUAUCUUUGAGGGGGGAGCCACUGAACUCUUUUAUGUACUAAAGCAUCCCAAGGAGUCUUUCCACAGUAACUUUGUGUCCCUCGACUGUGAUCAGUGCACCAUGGUCACACAGAACGGCAAGCCCAUGUUUACGCAGGUUUGCGUGGAAGGCAGGUUAUAUCUGGAAUUCAUGUUUGACGAUAUGAUGCGCAUAAAGACGUGGCACUUCAGCAUCAGGCAGCACCGUGAAGUCGUUCCGCGCAGCAUAUUGGCCAUGCAUGCACAAGAUCCUCAGAUGCUUGACCAGCUCUCCAAAAACAUCACAAGAUGUGGGUUGUCCAAUUCAACAUUAAACUACCUCCGACUUUGUGUAAUCCUGGAACCCAUGCAGGAGUUAAUGUCAAGACACAAGACAUACAGCCUCAGUCCUCGAGAUUGUUUAAAGACGUGCUUAUUUCAGAAAUGGCAAAGGAUGGUUGCCCCACCAGCUGAGCCGGCAAGACAAGCACCAAAUAAGCGACGGAAACGGAAAAUGUCUGGUGGCAGCACCGUGAGCACUGGUGGCGGCAACAACAACAGCAGCAACAGCAAGAAGAAAAGUCCAGCCAGCAGCUUUGCGCUCUCCAGCCAGGUACCUGACGUGAUGGUGGUGGGUGAGCCCACUCUGAUGGGAGGGGAGUUCGGGGACGAGGAUGAGCGGCUGAUCACGCGACUGGAGAAUACGCAGUUUGAUGCGGCCAAUGGCAUCGAUGAUGAGGACAGUUUCAGCAACUCCCCAGCUUUGGGCAACAACAGCCCGUGGAACAACAAAGCUCCCUCCAGCCAGGAGAGCAAGAGCGACAACCCCAGCUCCCAGUCGGCCCCGUAGACUCCAAUACUCACUGUGCAUAGAUAGGGAAAGGGCAAUACCAAAUGCCUGCUUUUGUUCCGAAUGGCACUCACGUUGUAGUCCAGCCAGCCUUCCUGUCACAGCGUCCUGCUCUGAGGAGUCCUCACUGACCAGACUGUGUUUUUCAACUUGGGGGAAAUUGUGAUUUUUCCGCAUACUAUAGGAUUUAAAUGUCAUAAUCGAAUUAUUUCUUUUAAAGGAGCUCACUGUGCAUUUGUGCCUGAGAGAAAUUCAGUGUUUGGUCCGUUUGAGUUCUCUGAGGUUCAGCAGAGUUAGCGAAGGCAGUCAUGUCUGUGGGUUCUUGUUCCAACCUCGGGUCUCAGUGGGUGCUGUGCUUAACUAUGCAUGGCGGUUUCUGUUGUGCUCACUUCACAUGGAAGGCUUCUUUUAUUGAAUCAUCUAAUGAUAACUAUUAUGUGCACCUCAGAUUCAAAACCAACGCUAAAUUUUGUUUUGUAGGACCUGGUUGGAACAAAAACCUGUACAGUUCCGGAGCUUGAGGACCGGAGUUGAGAACCACUACGUAAAAUCUCUUAAUAAAGAAAUAAAUUAAUAAAAUAAGCAAAUAAGUGAAAGCCUCGUUGGUACUGGAGUUGUGGUCAUGCUCAGUAUGGUCCUAAGCAGAAGUGGACCAUGAAGCCAGGCUCCAAAGAGGUGUUUUUGUUUUUUUUUCUCAUUUGUUUUUGUGUGUUUUUUUUUUUUAUUAUUUUUUUUCUAGCAAUUUGUAAGGGAAAAAUUAUGAGCAAGUAAGAAAUACCCUGAAUAUCCUUUGCACUGUUGCCACUCUAUUUUUGAUCUAUUUUUCUUAAAAGAAAAUUAUAGUACUUUUGUUGUUGUUUCUUUUUAUUCUUCCCUAUUAAUAAUAAGUGGAAUUCGAUUAAAUAUGUAACUGGAGAAUGGUAGAUUUCUAUAUGAUGAUGAUUUGUAUUAUUAAAGUUAUUACUUUGCAGUACAAAGCUGAGGUCCUGUUAAAUGUGUACUGAAGGUUUCAUGGCAUGUGUGUCUGAAAUCUGCAUGUUCGAGACAUGAGGCUUACAGCGAGAGAAGCUAAAUAUUUACAGGAUCUCCACUUUUAUGUAAUCCUAUUUGGAGGGCUUUACCUCCGUAUGUAUGGUACACACACUUUUACUUGUUAAUUUGAGUUGAUGUUCUGGUGAAAAAGGUUUUUAAUCUGUACAGGAAUGUAGUCGACUCAAUACCUAUCAAAGUCUUCAUGGUACACUAACCAUGUGGUUUCAGGUGUGUAAGCAAAGCACCUCUUUUUCCUCAACAAUAGAGUACGCAAUUAUUUUACUCUCCCAAGAAUGCUUUUUUUGUUUUGUUUUGUUUAUAUGCUACAGACCAAGGAGCUAAGAGCAAGAGAAUUCAACUCAACUAUUGUGUAUUUGAUUCUAUGAAGAAUACUUUUCAUAAUUUUUUGUGUAUUUGUGCUUGUAUAUUUAAGACUGUAGCUAAGGUCUGUAUAAGUGUAAUUGUAUUUAGUUGUCUUUAAGAACAUCUCUAAGGACUUGCAUUUUAAUGUAAGAAAAAAAUGACAAAAAACAAAACCCAUACAUUGUAGUCGUCAGGUGUGGUUUUUUUUUUUUUUUUUUUUUUUUUUUUAAAUAAAAAGAUAUUAGUCAUAGGUAUCAUUUUAUUUCUGGGAUUAGCUUCAAGUUUUUCAGUGUACAAUGUAUUUAUUUUUUUCUUGCCAUUAUAUCGUGUGUGUGUGUGUGUGUGUACAUUACAAUAUGUCAGUUUUCUGCCAUUUUCAAUAGAGAAAGAUAGUGCUGCCUUUUUUUUUCCUAUUUCUCAUCACCUCAUUUCAUUUUGUCUAAACAAAGAAUUAAAAGAUGUCUGGGAAAAACAAAACAGUCCUUUAGCUUUUAAAAACUGUAGAUGUAUUAGAUUAAGACACCAGAGGGCAUUCUGCAUUUUGGUUCUGUGUACUAUAUGGGGAAAGAGUUGGACUAAUUCAGCCAAGUAUUCUGCCCAAUUCUCUGGAUGUUAUAUAAACCUCCAGUAAAAUUCUUUGUUCAGAUACCUUCCAAAUGUCCUGUGUAGCUUUUGGGGAUUUUCACCAAAUUAACCACAAAGGGUUAAACCCAUUUUGUGUUCCUCUCGAGCCCCUUUGAUAGUGGCUGUUUGAUAAAUCUAUUUUUUUUUUCUAUUGUCUGCUAUUGAUGAUUCAUGUAUGGUAUAAUAAAACCAAUUUUCAUGUAAA